AUAUAAAUGCUCUACCUGUCACCCUCGUCACACUCACUCAGUUUCAAAGCAAAUUAAAACGCAAUGGAGAUCUUCGAGUUCAUUGAGUUGAUACCUGGGUUACCGAGCGACCUCGGACUAGAGUGCCUGACUCGUUUGCCUCACUCAGCACACCGAGUCGCCCUCCGAGUCUGCAGCCAAUGGUGGCGCUUGCUCCAGAGCGACGAGUUCUACUACCACCGGAAGAAAACGGGGCACACCCGAAGAGUCUCUUGUUUGGUUCAGGCGCAUCAACAGCAACCAAACCAUGAAGAAGGUGAAAAACCAACCGGGUCAGUGUCGCCGAGUUUCGGGAUCACCGUGUUCGACCCGGAAAGCAUGUCGUGGGACCGGGUCGACCCGGUUCCAGAGUCCCCGUUUGGGUUGCCCCUGUUUUGCCAAUUGGCGAGCUGCGACGGGGAGCUGGUGCUGAUGGGAGGGUGGGACCCGGCGAGCUACGAGCCCCUGACGGCGGUUUUCGUCUACGAUUUCCGAACGAGCCGGUGGCGGCGGGGGAGGGACAUGCCUGCCAAGAUGUCGUUCUUUGCUGUCGGGUCGGGUCAUGGUCGGGUUUACGUUGCGGGCGGGCACGAUGAGAACAAGAACGCUCUGCGCACGGCGUGGGCCUACGACCCGCGGAGCGAUGAAUGGAGCGGGUUGGCUCCGAUGAGCCGGGAGCGGGACGAGUGCGAGGGGACGGUGGUCGGCGACGAGUUCUGGGUGGUGAGCGGCUACGCCACCGAGAGUCAGGGGAUGUUUGACGAGUCAGUGGAGGUGUUUGAUUUCGGGUCGGGUAAAUGGAGGCUGGUUGAUGGGGUUUGGGAACCGGGUCGGUGCCCAAGGUCGUGUGCUGGGAUUGGGAAAGAUGGUAAAGCGGUGAAUUGGAGCGGGGUGGAUCCGGGGCUCCGAGUUGGGGUUUGUGGGGUGGUGAUCGGGUCGAGGACCUUGGUGACAGGAUCCGAAUACGAAGGGGCACAGCAUGGGUUCUAUUUGGUGGAAAUGGAGGAAGGGUAUAAACGUAAAUUGAGAAGGAUUAGUGUGCCUGAUGAUUUUUCUGGGUUUGUUCAAUCAGGGUGUUGUGUUGAAAUCUAGUGAGUGAAGUGAAAGUAAAGACUCUUUAGUUAGUGUGUGUUAUGUGAAGCAGAUUUGGUUCAUAACAGAAAAGUAGUUAUGUUAUUUGUUUUGUUUUCUUGUCCAGAUUUGGUUCUUUCUAAGGUACACAUACAAAUAGAAAUAUCAAAACAUGAGAUACGUUCAGGUUAAAUAAAGAA